CCUUAAUUUACCCCUUUAUUAUUUUCAAGGACCUUCUCUCUUUCUUUAUCUCAUCUUUCUCUCUCUAAACUCUGCACUUCAGACAAGAUAAGCUAGUAAAUAAUCCUUCCCCAAGCUCCUUGCCCCUGCAAUAGUGUUUGUGGGAGCUUCAAGAGUUGAGGGGAAGUUACCAUCAAAACAAUUAGUCAAAUCUUUUUGCAUCUAUGGCGACAAAUGAAAAUCUUCCACCAAAUGUUAUUAGGCAGCUUGCAAAAGAGUUAAAAAAUCUUGAUGAAACACCUCCGGAAGGAAUCAAAGUGGGCGUUAAUGAUGAUGAUUUUACAACUAUUUUUGCUGAUAUAGAUGGUCCAGCUGGGACCCCAUACGAAAAUGGUGUUUUCCGCAUGAAAUUGAUCUUAUCAAGCGACUUCCCCCAUACUCCUCCCAAAGGUUAUUUCCUUACCAAAAUUUUCCAUCCAAAUAUCUCAAAUAACGGUGAAAUUUGUGUCAACACCUUGAAAAAGGACUGGAACCCCACUCUAGGAUUGCGACAUGUUCUUUUAGUUAUAAGAUGCUUACUCAUAGAACCUUUCCCGGAGUCGGCUUUGAAUGAGCAAGCUGGCAAGAUGCUUCUUGAAAACUAUGAGGAGUACGCGAGGCUUGCUAGACUGUACACAGGAAUUCACGCCAAGCCGAAAUCUAAAAUAAAGCCUGGAGCUAUUUCAGAGUCAACCACAGCUUUGAACGUUGAUCAACGAAACAAAACAUCAGCUCAAACUGUCGAUCCAAAGAACAAGUUAGUGAGUAGUGGUGCUCUAUCACCAUCCCCCGUUGCCCCAUCAACGGCUAGCAGCAAGGCAACGAGCCUUCAAGAUCAGCUUAACGGUGCCAUUGCUUCCGUUCCACCCUCUAAUGAGGGUGGAGCAGCCGGGUCAUCAGCUGCACCUUUAGCAGAAAAGAAGAGUGGUAUGCUGAAAACGCAUGUAGAGAAAAAGAAGAUCGAUGCUAGAAAGAAAAGCUUGAAGAGAUUAUGAAGAAGGUGACGGUCUUAUUUUGUGCCUUAAUUUGGUCGGUUUAACUCUUGCGUGGCCCCGUUCUGGUAAUGUAAUUCGUCUCUAUGCAAUUGUCACAUUCGUCUACGCAAGAGGGAGCUCCAUAGACUAGUUGCUUUGACAUAUUGUAAUGAACCAUGUAUCUUGGAAUCUUUUGUCAAUUGAGCUCAUUAUCCUUCCCUUCUGCUAAA